GUUUGUGCACUUCCCAUACCACAACGAUCCCGAGGUGCGCCCGGAAAAGCACAACAGUGCUAAAGAAUUUGUGAUUAUUGCCAAGCCGUCGCUGAUUGAUGAUGUGGCGCUCACCACGCUAAUUGUCCGCCAUGAAGCCCCGCUGCAUUCAAACUUGCUGAAGAGCCCGUUCCCAUGUCCAAGCGGGCAGUCCCGCGAGUUUGCCGGGCCAAUGAUGCAAGAGAGUCAUGGGAUGGACCCAGCAAGAUGGCGGGCAAAUCAUUACGUUCAAGCCUUGGGUGGACGCAGAACAGUAUUUGACGGGGAGGAGCCGUUCCCCAUGCUGCGCAGCUUCUCGAUGUUCGAUGCGGCCGCAGUUGAGCUGGGCUACCAGCUUGAGCGAUCCUGGGCAGGGUAG